UAUACUAUGAUGUAAUGCAGCCCUUUGGGUGCACUGCUUACACUCGCAUCAUCUCUCUCACUCGCUUGCGCAUGGACCAUCAUGGAUCAUAUGGGAAAAGGAAUCUCGCUUGUAAUUUUGUCCUUCGGUUUAAUCAGGAGGAACUCCUCAGGUUCCCGCAUGGACCUUUGAAUAAAAGCCAUAUAUUAACAGUUUUCGCUGGUAGGCUGUUCCCGACGUGUUUACCAGAUUGUUAUUCAGUUAAAGAGACCAGUGGAGCAUCGUAACGUUAUAUUGUCAAUACGGCUAUACGCAUUUCAUGUGUGCCAUAUCUGGUUAAUAAUAACGCUGUAACGGCUGGAUUUUAAUUCUCUGAAUAACCAACAACGCUACGAGGUUACUUUACUUAGUGUCGGAGUGGGCAGAACGGAUGGCAACUCUUGCUUGUGAAAUUUCAAUCGAAAGACCGACCGUAAUUCUGUGAAGAACUUCCACAUAGCUCCGCUGGGAGGGAACAAGGACGCAUUGCAUUGUUACAUGACUGCACCCCUAAAAAGGACAGACUGCGCCUUGUCAAAGAGAGGAGAGAGGAGAAAGAGAGGACUCAAGUGGUGCGUGAGCAGGCCCUGAUGGAGAAGGAGCAGCGUGCCCAGAGGCAGUUGGAGCGCUCGGCAGAGGAGCGCGAGAGGCGUCUGGAGGGCCAGCGGCAGCGGGGGGACCUCCGCAGGGUGGCCGUGGAGGAGAAGAGGAGGCAGCAGGAGGAGCAGGACAAGGAGCGUCUGGAGGCCCUGAUGCGACGUUCCAUGGAACGGGGCCAGCCGAUGGACCAGAGGCCGAAGCGGUGGACAUGGGGGGGCCCGCCUGGAGACUGCCAGGGUGACCUUAAGACCGCCCCGCCCUCUCAUUCUACCGCCACCUCCUUAGCCCAUGACCCCGCCUCUGCCAGCCUAUCCGGGAUGGUGGUGGCUGAUUAUAUGACCCUGUCUGAGUCUCAAGACUCGUCCCUCAACAAACGUCUGUCCUCCUCCUCCGCCGCUUUACCCAGUGUCACAGAGAGAGCUUCCAGCCCCCACCGGUCUCCCUACAGAGGCUCCCCGAGCCGAGCAGAACGCAAGAAGAACACUAGUGGCACCACGGGAGUCAUGGACGAGUCCAAGGACAUAGCCACAAUCCUCAAGACGGCUCAGAUGGAGAAACAGGUUGGAUGCACCACCCCCACCCUGAUAGACCCAACCCCCAAACGCCUUGAAUCCCCCACCACACCAACCAAAAGUGCCUCUCCUAAGACACAAAAGAACCAUGGCACCCCUAAAAGGGCCAGAGCAUCCAAGAGCCGCACCCAGUCCCCCUGUUCCCCAGGACUUCACCACCCUUCCUCGAUGAGACACAGGGCCACCACUCCGUCAGACGGCCCCAGAAGGCUGGAGGGUGAGGAGAAAGCAGCUGCUGAGACCCGAGGCUCCAGCACUCUGGAUAGAAAAAACACCAAGUCUGAGAACUCAGAGCGGAAAAUGCCCAAGUCUGCAAGCCGGGACCUGGGAGACCGCAAUGCAGAGUCCCCAGGGACUCCCACAGGGAAGUCCUUCGCGGGGACCACGGAUGCCGAGGAGGCUGCCAGGCUGCUGGCCGAGCGGCGCAGACAGGCCCGAGUGCAGAAGGAGGUGGAGGAGAAACAGCGAGUAGAGGAUGAGAGACUGAGGGCUGAGGAGGAUCAGAGGAGGCAGGUGGAGGAGCGAGAGAGGCAGGAGCAGGCGGCGCUCUGGGCAGAGGAGGAGAGGAAGAAGCAGGAGGAGGCGCGGCAGCAGAAGGAGUUGGAGGACAGACGACAGAGAGAGCGGCGCUGGAAGGAGAUGCAGGAUCAAUGGGACAGAGAGAGAGAGGAGGCGGUGCUUCGGGCCCACAGGGAGGCGGAGCGAAAGCAGCAGGAGCGAGAGCUGCUGAAGCUGCAGGAGGAGCAGGAGCGACUGCAGAGGAAGAAGAGGAUUGAGGAGAUCAUGAAAAGGACACGGAAAAGUGAAGACCCAAAGAAAGACGAAGUGCCAGUGGAGAUGCAAUCCCACAUCUACUCGCAAGAGCCGGUGCAGGAGCGCAGAGACAUCAAACAGACCAGCGUGGGUCAGCUGCAGAGACCAGACCUUGCCGGGGUGAAGGCUGGUGAAUAUCAGCGUCCCACCACAGUGGAGUCUCCCCCCAUCAGCCUGGAGCCCCUCGAGGCCAAGAACUCUGGGGCAGACGACCUCUCAGAUGGCGUCCAGUCUAUGGACGUUAGCCCCGUAUCAAGAGAUGAGCUCGUCUCUGUGCCAGACUUCUCCCCAGUCAACGAGGCUCCCCAGAAUAGCAUGAGCAAUGCCAAGGCCCUGGAGGAUCUGCUGGAAAUAACAGGCCAGGCCUCCUACCCCAGACUCCCCUCCGGAGCCACGCUUGGGGACCUCAAUAAGAACCUGAUUGAGGGGUUCAGCAGUACCGGUGCUGACUCUCAGCUCAUCCAGAGCGCCACCUCUGACAAGCUUGGCAUCUAAGUAACCAGGGCGUGUCGGUGACUCUUGGCGGGACAGGUGUGCUGGGAAAUGGAAGCAGAAGAGGGACUGCAUCAGCCAAUCAGUUUCACCUCUCUAACCUGCAGGAAAGCCCCUCCACUCCUCGUCCCCAAGAUUCUCUGACGCAAGAGCGGAGAGCAACCACUGAAUGUUACCUACAGUUAAAUCACUCUGACACUUACAUACACUAUACACAUCUUGUGCACAAAUACCAACGUGCAAUAUACACAGAAGCAUACACAGAGACUCACACACAAAACAUAGCUUUGCUUCUCUGUCAGGGCAGUUUUAUUUCAGAUUACUCUAUGACAGUACUGGCUGUGCAAGCCAAUGUAAUAUAGUGUAGCAGUUGCUGGGAACUCUAUAUUCAUCUCACCCACUCCUAGCAUUUGAUAGGUGAGCACAGUUUAGUCCUGUAGCAACUCGACAUUUCUUUUGAUGUAUUAUGCUGUCUUGAGAGUAUUCUGACCAGCAGUCUUACAGUGCACUGUACAUGUGAUUUUGUGUAGUGUCUAUAUGGUGUAUUGUAUCAUAUGGCUGGGGAAAAUGUCGCAAACUGUAUGAUCAUGAAUUACAUUUCUGAUCACAAUCAAGGCUAUGUAGGCUAAUAGGUAUGUGUCAUGCAAACAUACAGUGAAUAAAACUAUAACAUAAUGCACUGUAACACAUUCAAAUUACUGUAAAUAACAAAAAGCAACUGAAUGAAAUUGGAAGGCCAUGACUUGUGCAGUGAGAAUUUGUCUUUUGAACAGACAUGAAAACAGCGAGUGGCUCAUCCUGUUUGUGUUCAGAUUCUAAUGAACUGUUAAACCAACGUCUGUGGUUUGAACACUGUAAAAAGUUGUAUUGUCUUAUGCACUGUCCGGUUGCUCAUCAUUUCUCUAUAUUUUGCUGUAAACACUGCUAAACAUGAUUCUGUGGAGAUCAUAGAGUCAGGCCUGUUAUGCAAGAGAGUGUGCAGCAUCGAACGACUCAAGUUUAUCUGCAAGACCUACAAAUGUAAAAAUGUGCCUCUUUGGGUUGCCACAAGUGACAAGGUUCACAAUGUGCAAAGAAAAACAACAGUAACACCACCAUCACUUACCUGGUAAAAAACUGCCCUGUCGUCCAUGUGGUUAUUAUGCAGGAUGUAAGGGUGCAGCAUGUGUGCUUUGUGCUGUUUUUCAUUUACUGGUGAAGUCCUUGAGGAACUGGUGGCAGAUUAACAUAAAAUGUUCAUAGUAUGACAUAUUCCUCCAGAUGUAAAUUGUUUAGGACCAAUCAGGGUGGAAUUCCCUGUGAUAAAAAGAAUGAACGGCUGCAUACUGUAUGGCAAAGCUAGACUGACUGACUGUCUAUCUAACGGUCUAUUUUUCUGUCUGCCCCCACCUCUCUCUCUCUCUCUCUCUCUCUCUCUCUCUCUCUAUCUCUCUCUCUCCCCCCCCCCCCUCUCUCUCUCUGUGUGUCACUGUCGAACCAUCUUACUGUUGAUGUACAAAUAUUUCACUGCAUCAAUUGCACUGUGGAAUAUGAUUGAAGGAAAGAAAUAUUUUAUUUUGAAUCCUGAAAAGUAAAAUUCAGCUCAUUUCUGCUUCGUGGAAUAUGUAGACAUGGUGCAUGGAUCUGCAGCACUGGGGGAAAUCAUUAAUAAAACACUGAUUGGUCAUA